AUGGAGCGGCGCGCGGGGGGCGCCACGGACCCUAAGGGGAGCAGAGGAGGCCGUGGCCUUGGCCCGCCCGCGGGCUCCAGCGCCCGGCAGCUCCUGGCGCGGCUGGACGCGCGCCCCCUGGCGGCCCGAGCUGCGGCCGACGUGGCGGCGCUGGUACGCAGGGCCGGCGCCACAUUGCGCCUGCGGCCCAAGGAGGCCAUUAGCGUGUUGGAUUCUGCGGAUAUAGAGGUCACAGACAGUCGCCUUCCUAAUGCCACUUUCGUGGAACACCGGCUACAGCAUCGUCGGUCAGAGACCUCGGGUACACGUACCGGGCCGCCCCAAGUGACCCCGGGUAAGGCACAUCGUACUUCGAAGCCACCCCAGGCCCCUGGUCAGUUCUACGUGGAACUCGUUCGUAGUUCCGCGGGCUUUGGCUUCACAUUAAGUGGAGGCCGAGAUGCAGGCGGGGAUGCGCCGCUGGCAGUGCGCGGGCUGCUGAAGGACGGGCCGGCACAGCGCUGUGGCCGCUUACAGGCCGGCGAUCUCGUGCUCUACAUCAAUGGAGAGUCAACUCAGGGCCUAACCCAUGCCGAGGUCGUGGCUCGGAUUCGCGCAUGCGGCCCCCGGCUCUGCCUUGUGCUAAGCAGGCCUCCUGAGACCCACCCCGGCAAGACUGAGGGGAUGGGAGGGUCCCAGAAAGAAGAUGAUCGCAGCCCAGAUCCUGGGGGACCAGAAGUGACGAGGUCUCGCAGCGCCAGCGCUUCCCCACUUCACCACCCUCGACCCCGUACGACACCCAAAACCCGGGGCAGCCUGGAGCCUAGCCCGGAAGGGGUGGCGGACGGCCCCGCGGUUUCUCCUCCUGAGCGCCGCACGGAGGACCCCAGCGACCAAACCCCGGAUUCACCUGGACCCUGGUUGGUGCCGAGCGAGGAACGGCUCUCGCGGGCCCUAGGGGUCCGGGGGACCGCGCAGCUCGCGCUGGAGACGGCAGCCGGAAGGCGCAGGCACUGAGCGUGCAGCAGACGGCUCACUUGGUACUGCCCAACCUGGAUCUGGCGUGCUCCGCCCGCAGCUCACUAGCAUCACUGGGAGAGAGAGCUUCCUUGGUCUUGUCCCCCUCCUGGUUCGCUGUCGACCAGCCCGCGCUCCCCUCGAGGCGUCAGUGGUACGGCCCUCCGGGACCGGCCAGCCUUGUGCUUCUUGUUUCGGGCGGGGGAGGUAAUAAAAAUGGUUCGAUCCAGUCUUGAC